AUUUUCUCCAAUUUCUCAGUGAUUUAGCAGUGCUGUUGCUCCUCCUUCCUCCUCCUCCUUCGAUCGAGAUUCCUAUUUCAGCCGGAAAAUCAUGGGCAAGGGGCCAGGUCUUUACACGGAGAUCGGGAAAAAGACCAGAGAUCUUCUGUACAAGGAUUACAACAGUGACCACAAGUUCACCAUCACCACCUACUCUUCCACUGGAGUCGCAAUCACAUCCACAGGGACAAAGAAAGGUGAUUUCUUUCUGGCUGAUGUGAACACCCAGCUGAAGAACAAGAAUAUCACAACUGAUUUCAAAGUUGACACUAACUCCAAUCUUUCUACCACUAUUACCGUUGAUGAACCUGCCCCUGGGCUGAAAACAAUCUUUAGCUUCAAGGUCCCUGAUCAGAGGUCUGGCAAGGUCGAACUCCAGUAUUUGCAUGACUAUGCAGGGAUCAGCACAAGCAUUGGAUUGACAGCUAAUCCUGUUGUUAACUUCUCUGGUGUUAUUGGAACUAAUGUUCUUGGACUUGGUUGUGAUGUCGCAUUUGACACCAAGACUGGGAAUUUCACCAAGUGCAAUGCUGGAUUGAGCUUCACUAAUGCAGAUCUCACUGCUUCAUUGACACUGAAUGAUAAGGGUGACUUUGUAAAUGCUUCCUACUACCAUACAGUGAACCCCUCAACUGCAGUUGGUGCUGAGGUCACCCACAGCUUCUCAACCAAUGAGAACACCAUCACUCUUGGAACACAGCACUCAUUGGAUCCAUUGACCAAGCUGAAGGCACGAGUGAAUAACUCUGGCAAGGCAAGUGCUCUCCUCCAGCAUGAGUGGCGACCAAAAUCUUUGUUCACCAUUUCUGGAGAGGUUGAUACCAAGGCCAUUGAAAAGAGUGCCAAGGUUGGACUGGCUUUGGCACUGAAGCCUUGAGCUAUUCAAUUCAUUUCGGCUUAGGAUUGUAGUUCUUAGGGGUGCAGUGUUAGUCUGUCCCAAUUGACUUUUUAAUCUUUGAUGUUGCCCUGGCUGCUUUCUUCAUCUUGAGUUUUUGAGUUACAAAAUAAAAAAACAAAAUUGAAGGUGGCAUGGUAGUAUAAGCUUUAACCCAUGUCAUUACUUUUUGGACCAGCUCAUGUCUUACUGAGAAUUAAUACUUUUGAAGAUUGUUGAAUUUUUUCAGAUUUUUGUUCCUAGUUUAUGAUCCUGAAUUUAUACUUUCUUCAUUUUAAGAGAGCAAAUGUUCUACAAUCAAAUUUUGUGCAGAAG